UUUGCCUAUGCUGAGAUCUCUGCUUGCGUGGGACCAGUGCUGGUAGCAGAUCUGUUUCCUUGGCUAACAUGUGUCUCACCAGGAGGGAAGAGACUCACUUGCACUCAGAGAAGUUUUUCCCCAGUUUCACUUUCAGGACUUGGACUUGUUUUAGGAUUGGCUAGUGACUCAGCCUGUUGUGCUGGUAUGAGACUCCUCACCAAACCACUGCAGAAAUGAGGAAGUGCUGGAUCACUGUACAGCUAGGAACUUUCCGAGCAGCAGGUUGCAAAAAGUGACUCUCCCGCAGGUUACGAAGCCGAACACCUGGGAGGUGCUGCUUUCUAGAGGGAGAGUGGCCAGGGAUUGAGGCACUCAAUUGCUGACGCCUAUGUCCGUAGAAGACCAAGCUGCUGAUUAAGCAAUGCCAAAAGCUAUUGUGAUCACUGAGCAGCCGGCCUCCACCUCCGUCCCUGUCGGUUACUCCCUCACGCUGCGAUGUAGGGUCACAGCCUGCACCUCCCCAAAGUACCAGUGGUUCUACCAGUGCCAGUCCGCUUGCUGCCAGAUUGUGGGGGCCACGGAGCCAGAUUUGCUCAUCACUGCAAGGGAAACCCGACUGUACAUCUGCCGAAUCAAUGACCUGCACAAAAACGUCACCUUCUCUAACUGGGUGAGAGUAGAGGUCCAUCAGCAUAUUCCCAAAGGCCUGCUUCCUGAGCUGUGGCAAGGAGAACCCAUCAUAGUCCUCAAUCCCACUGCGCCAGAGGUACAGGUGGGCAAGCCACUCCAGCUGCAGUGUGCUGCUCUGGGGGUGCCAGCCCCACACUACCAGUGGUACCACAACGGGACCCCCAUGAAGCAUCAGAAAAAGAAGAAACUCUUGAUCAACUCUGCGAAGCUGAGUGACUCUGGCACGUACCUUUGCUGUGCAGCCAAUGGCCAAGGGGAACACUGGACUGAUGCCGUGGAGAUUCACAUAGGUACGUGUCUGGCAGAUCCGUUUUUUGCAACAGACAAGGUCGCACUUUUAGUGGGCAACAACCAUUAUUGGAAUCAUCCGCACCUAAUGGCUCCCAUCACUGAUGUGUUUGAACUCGGCCUUCUCCUAAAGCGACUGGGAUUCCGGGUGGUCUCCCUCCUGGACCUGAACAAGACAGAGAUGCUGAUAGCUGUCAAUCAGUUCCUGCAACUCCUGGGGAAAGGAGUCUAUGCCAUAUUCUACUAUGCUGGGCAUGGAUACGAACAUUCUGGGAGAAACUACAUGGUCCCCAUUGACGCCCCACAGCCCUACGCCCCUGAGAACUGCAUCAGCGUGCAGAGGAUCCUCCAGAAGAUGCAGCAGAGGCAGACAGCCCUCAACCUCAUCCUGCUGGACACCUGCAGGAAAUGGUACAACCCGCAGUGUGCGCUGUCGCAGGUGCAGCCGCUGGAGCCCUGGGGGAAUACGGUUUAUGGCUAUGCCACGAGUGAAGAUGCAGAAGCCUAUGAAGUUCAGGAUGGGGAGUUCAGUUCUGGGAUCUUCAUGAAGUAUCUGAAAAAGCACAUUCUGCAGGAAAAGAAAGUGACCCACGUGCUGGAGGAUGUGUUGGAAGACAUUGGCCGGGACCCCUUGGUAACUGGAAAGCAGGUGAUGGAGAUCAAGCACACUCUGAAGGAAGCCCGGGCACUGACAGACCCCAUCUGCACCACUGGGCCGACUGCAGAGCUCUGGGGACACAGCCAUGAGUUGCUGAAGGAGACACUGACUUUUCCAUGUGGCAUCCAAGUGGAACUACGCUUCCAAGUGGUUUUCUCUAACGUAAUGCACGUGAGUGCAAAGCUGCAGGCUCCCCCUCCUCACGUCACCGACAUCCGACUCCUGCUCUGCAGACCCGCGGAGGUGCAAGAACUGGCCAUGCAGAGUGACUGCCAGUCUGACCGGAUGGUGUCGCUACUUGUCUCACUGUAUGAGCAAGAGGAAUUGGACUGUGUGCUCCGGCUCUGUGGCCUACAGAAAAUUCAGACUGAUGUGCUGCUGCAGCUGGAUUUGCAUUACACCCAGCUGGGCACCAAGCAGAGGGCUUGUGAGAGUCUGCAGAAAAUCCUCCAGAAAUCUCUGCUAGCAAAACUGUUCAGCCUGAAAAGCUCUGCAAACCCAUCCUGCAUGGCGGGCCAAGAGGCUGCUGCCACCAUGUGCCCCAAGGAUGCCCCUGCUGUGACUGUAGCCCAUGAGGGGCCCAGCUCUCUGACAGCAGAGCCCAGACACGGCUGGCAAUGUAGCAGCCAGUCAAACAUAUCCAGUGAGCCAGAGGAAAACGACGAGAGCGACCUGAGCAGCCUCUGCUCAGCACUACAAAGGGCUGACCCAGGGCAGGAUUGUCCUUGACGUGAGGGAGUUCAUCUCACUAUCAGCAGACUGUAUUUCAAGUUACAAACCAGACAACUCGCAUAAUCUGUAUUCUAGUCUGAGCUCUUCUCCAGUCUGGCGUGGAUCAGAUGGUCAAGGCUGCUAUUGAAAGGGUUUCUCCUCUCAUCCCAUUAGUAGGGAGUCCUAGUGAGCUUUAUCUGAUUCACAGGCAAAGCUAUAAGCUGUUUAAAACAAGGGCCUUCUGCAGAGGGGUGAUUUUACUGUCCACUAGACAGUGUGACUGACAUGAGUCAUCACAUUCCCGAACAGCAAAUGUCAUUCAUUUACAGCCAGUGUUGGCAAGUAAGCUGCUUUGAGAGUCACACUUUAAUACGCAAAUGUCUACAUCAAGCACUAACAAAACUGCAAGAAAUGGUAAGUGAAGAGACCCAAGGACCUUGCAGGCACGUCUGAUACAACCACAGAUACAAUUAAAAAAGUAAACAGUUCUCUCAACUCUAUAUAAAUAUUACAAAGAUUUAACAAAUGACAAAAGUAAAACUGGAUGACUGUGUAGCUUGUUCAGUAUGUGAUGCUGAAAUGGUGUUAGGCUUUUCUAUCUAAUAGGAACAUGCAACAAACAAUUGUACAAUAACGUAUAUUUGUGUUUCUAAAGGAUAUAUUUGAUCUUUGUAUUUGGGAUUAUGUUCAUUUUUCUCUAAACCACCUUCUGAUAUCAUUUUGCGAAUGCACAUAAUUUUAAUGUAUUUUAACAUAUUUAUUACAUUGUUUUUCCCCUGGUUCUAACGUGAGUCGGAGUUAAGGGUUUUAUUAUGUUCUAAAUGACAGUGUUUGUGGGAUGCGUCUGAUGUAGCUGGAUGCUUUUACCUAGUGUUCUCCAGUGUCUGAGUGGUUUUAGGCAUCUGUGGGUGAGAUUCACAAGGGGGAUUUAGGCAUCUAAUUGCCACUAUAGGUGCCUAGGUCCAACAUUUAGGCGCCACUGGCAUUCACAAAACUUCUUCUCUGCUACCACCUAACCCUGGGGUGUCCAUUGCCAAAGUCCCUGAGGUGCCUAAAUUUCAGUGGUGGGCAGGCACACAGGGUGUGCUUUCUAUUAAAUAUUCUUUGGAGCAAGGGCCUGGCAUGUGGGUCUCCCUAUUCCCAGGUGGGUGCUAUAGCUACUGGGCUAUGAAGUCAUUCUCACUCUCUGGCCCACUGAAUAUCUAACUAUUCCCCUUUGUGACUUCAACCCUGUGUAUUAAGGUGUGGAUUUUCUUUCUAAUACUUAGAUAAUAUGACUGCAGCCUUAACUGUAAAUUGUCAGUUUUCCUUGUGUGGAAUUGCUUGGUGUUUUCUUUUUGAAGAAAUGAAGGACCCAGCCAGUGUAGAUUGCACUGCUGUAGCAAACGAUUCACCUAGCGGGAAGCUCCCCUGUGCAAUGACUGUCACAGACUGAAGAUAUCAGUUAAAUUUCAUGUAAAUCCUAUUUUGAGGGCUGAAGAGAUCCAUAGGCCUUGUGCUGCCUCUCUGCAGAAGAAUGAGGGGUGGAUGUUCAGCUGCUAUAUAUCUCCAGUGAAGUCUGUGUGCUGAGAAGAGAGACAGGAACCAGCCUUUGUGCACUGAGCAGCGGUGGUGAGAGAGGGAGUUCUGCUGGAGUGCACACUCAGAGCAUCAUGCACAAUGCUUGCCACAGUGUACAGUCAUGUCUUACCUGGGUGAUGGCAGUCACCAAGCCUCCCUCCCCACCAAGUCUGAACCUGGGCCUUCAAGGGGCUGUCUCCUGCAGCAUGUGACAGUGACUUUGUAAUGUGUGGAUGGCAUCCUGGAAAGCAGCUCAGCACAUCACAAUACCAUUGGAUGUGCAGGCAUGUCUGUCUAUCUGGUGUAGUUCCUUGGGAUCUGAAGGCUGAUUAGAUAUGUUGGGCCACAGCAAGCUCUGUGCCAACAUCUGCUGCUGACAUACCAUAGCAUGAAAAGCCCAAGGAAUUAUUGGGCAGGAUGUUGCAGGAUGUUGCAAGUCGCAUGACAUUAAUGGUAAUUGGGGCUUGGAGUUCUUUUGCCGGUGACUCAGUUUUGCUUGUCAGACACCAAACUAAUAGUAACUUUAAAACAUUCAUUAAACUCCCAUAAUGAAAAUUAA